AUGGGUUGCUUUGAGAGCAAACCCGACCAGCAAGUACAGCCGGUUACCGUCCGAUCACCUACGGACAUCUUCUGGCUGGUGCUGUACGUCGUCUUCUGGAUUGCAUUGAUCGUAAUCGCAAUCUUUUCCUUCAUCUACGGAAAUCCGCUACGCAUCAUCAAUGGGUACGAUUCCUUCGGCAACACGUGCGGCGUCCACAGCAACAAUAAGUUCUCCAACUUCAACAUGUCCGGCAUGAAUACGGAGGAUAAACCGUACCUGUUCUUUCUCGACAUUAAGGAGCUACGCCAUACGUUGAAAAUUUGCGUCAAAGAAUGUCCGCAGCGAGAAAUUCUAAACGCGGCCGAACUGUAUCGUUACUACGAAGACCGGAAGGCGAAAUAUUGUCGGUACGAUUUUAACAUGAGCAUGCUGCAAACGCAAGAUGCUAAUGGUGCGAAGUAUUUCGACUUUGCUGGGCCUUGCCCACCGUUUCCGGUGUAUCAGUCGGCACCCGUACUGCACCGUUGCAUACCGACCGGCGUAAAUGCACCGCUGCAGCAGGUGAAAAAGAUGUAUGCGCUGAUCAAUUCCUGGGAGGCUACACAGCAGGUGUUUAGCGAUCUGUACAAAGCGUGGCCAACGGUUGUGCUCGUGUGUGCGCUAAGCUUGGUAUUUUCGAUCAUAAUGAUAGCGCUGCUACAUUGGCUCGCCACGAUCGUUUCGUGGCUGAUCUGCAUCAUCGUCGUGGUGGCCAGCAUUGGUAUUACGGGUGUGCUUUGGUGGAGUUAUUAUAAGGCAAAGCACACGCUCGAUACCGACCAGCAGCUGUCCUAUCUGGAGGAGUUGGUACGCAAUGAAACCACCAUCUAUGUGCUCGCGAUCGCAGCCACCUGCAUCAUGAUCAUACUCCUCGUGGUGAUCUACUAUCUGCGGGAAAAGCUGACCGGGUUGGCAGCGCUGUUCGAAGAAGCCGGCAAGUGUAUGCUGCAGCUGCCGGGUUUGGCCGGUCCACCGUUGCUAGCAUUCCUGGCACUGUCGAUCUUUCUCGUGUUCUGGGUAGUGGUGGUCGUGUGCUUAGCAACGGCCAACUACCCCGGUGUGAAACCAUUGCUUCCGUUGGCACAGCUUGAGCAAAGCCCGUCGGUGUCGAACGACACGAAAUUGAAGCCAGAAUUUGUGGGCAAGAAUGAUACUAACUUUAAAUCCUUUAAGUUGGUUGAAUACCACGAAGUGAACGCAUUGCGCCACAUGCUGUGGAUCUACAUCAUUGGACUAAUCUGGACGAGUGAGUUUAUUUUCGCCUGCCAACAGCUGGCCAUUGCCGGUGCGGUUGCUUUUUGGUACUUCCGUAAGCCGACCGAUUCACCGGUAUUGCUUGCGAUCGCCAAGCUGGUCAAGUAUCAUCUCGGAUCCGUCGCAAAGGGUUCGUUCAUCAUAACGAUCUUCAAAAUUCCACGUCUCAUACUGACCUAUCUGUAUGCCAAGUUGAAACGUCACCAGCAGGAAGGGUCCGAGUGUGCUAGCUGCUGUUUACGGUGCUGCAUUUGCAGCUUCUGGCUGUUGGAGAAGUUCAUCCGCUAUCUCAACCACAACGCGUACACCGUGAUCGCGAUCGAGGGUGUAAACUUUUGCCCAGCAGCAAAGAUAGCCUGGAAUGCACUCGUGACCAAUGCGCUGCAAGUGGCCACCAUCAACGGUAUUGGGGAUUUUGUGCUGUUCCUCGGCAAGCUAGCCGUUGCAGCGAUUUGUGGACUGAUUAGCAUUCUGCUGCUGCGUGACAAUCCGGAUAUGCACUUUUACAUGGCGCCCGUUAUUAUUAUUACCGUGUUUGCAUUCUUUAUCGCUCACAUCAUAUUGUCACUGUAUGAGAUGGUUGUCGAUACGCUGUUCCUUUGCGUGUGUGAGGAUCGCACCAUCAACGGCAAUAGUGGCCGCUGGAAGGAAAGCAAUCUGGCCCGGCUGCUGGGUGAAGCACCGGAACCGGACGCGGUUGAAGCACCGAUGCAGGAGGUGCAGCUGACGCCCAUCACGAAGCAACCAUUUUCCGCUCAAUUCCUGCAGGCCGAGAUGGAAAACAGUAAGGCUUAG